GGAGAUUCGGUUGGAUGAGGCAGCGAAUUGCGGGAGGGAGUGACCGGUUAUAGCCGGUGGACCUUGGUACUGGGGCAGCGCCUCGUCCGACGAUUUCCUGGAGGCUUCGUGGAUGAGCAGCCCCCCUUCCUUCUUCCCUCCUUUAUAAAGCCGAUUGUGCCGUCCGCUAUCUUCUUCAAGUCAGAGUGCCUUCUCUAUCCUCCUCGAGUGAUCAGGUUAGCCACUCCCUCUUCUUUUCAUCGCUCUAGAAAUUUAUGUAUUUCUAGGGUUGUCGAAGAACUUGGAUUCUGCUUUGCCAGAUUUUUAACAUGAAUAUGCCCAAAUUUUAGUUUUUUUCCCCCUCCUAUUUAGUUGGUUCUAUAGAUUUUUAUUUUUAUGUGGUCUGGGUUAAUAGGUUCUGAAAUCUAGAUUAGCGGUUGAAAGAUAGUUGUUUAGUGAGACUUGAUUUAUUAGGGUUAGGAUUUCAGCUAUGGAUUCCCGUUUGGGUGGAUUUGUUGAUUCGAUUAACGAUUUCGAACUGAAUGGUCAGGCCUUUUUGAUCGAUUCAGAUCAGUUUCCAUUUUGAGAAUGGAUUCAAAUUCGAUUCUCACUCGCCUCUAGAUUUUAACUUCUUGGAUCGUCCUGUUCUUCCUCCUGAUAUGAACCUGGGUGCGUUUGCUCCAUCUUCGAGCUUGAGCCCAGAUGGAGAUUCUUCCGAUGAAGGUGAAUCUUCUGAUAGUUUUCUCAAGUACGUAAGCCAGGUGCUUAUGGAAGAGAAUCUGGAGGACAAAGCUUGUAUGUUCCAUGACCCGCUGGCGCUACAAGCUGCUGAGAGGUCGUUUUACGAGGUUCUUGGUGGGCAAAAUCCUCCUUCCCGGAAUCAAACCCAUCAAAUUGUUGACAGUCCUGAUGAUAAUGCCUGGAGUAGUUUCAGUGAUUAUAGUAGUUAUAGCAGUCCUAGUAAUGGCUCUAGCAAUUCGGUGAACCAUCAGUGGAUUGCUGAUCCUGGCAAUUCCACGAACCAUCAGUUGGUCGUUGAUCCUGGUGAUCUUAACUACAAAUCCUCUUUCUUACUGAACCCUCUACCUGAAAACUAUGUUUUCAGCUCGACUAUAGGAUCUGGCUCACAGGCCUCCGCAAACUCUUUUGAUAGUUUCAGUAAGACUGGUAAUGAGGCACCAAGCCCAGUCUUGGUUCCAAAUAUUUUUAGUGAUAGCGAAUCGGUGUUGCAGUUUAAGAGAGGAGUAGAGGAAGCUAGUAAAUUCCUUCCUAAGGCUACUAAUCUUGUUAUUGAUCUGGAGAAUGGCACAUUGCCCCCACAAUCAAAGGUGGAGACUCAAAGGGUGGUCGUGAAGACAGAGAAGGAUGAGAGGGAGAAUUCACCUAAAUGGUUGAGGGGACGAAAGAAUCUUCACAGAGAAGAUCAUGAAUUAGAAGAAAGGAGUAGAAAGCAGUCAGCAGUUCAUCUGGAAGAAGACGAAGAUGAGCUAUCAGAGAUGUUUGAUAGGGUAUUGCUAUGUUCUGAUCCUAAAGCAGAGCGUUCUUACUACUGUACUGGGGGAGAAGACUGCAAUAGCUUGCAGCAGUCUGGACAUCCACAGUCUAAUGCUGAAAAGACACGCACUAAGAAGUCAUCUAAGGAAGUGGUGGAUUUGAGAACUCUGUUGAUUCACUGUGCACAAGUUGUCUCUACCUAUGAUCUCAGGACUGCAAAUGAACUACUAAAGCAGAUUAGGCAGCACUCUUCCCCUUUUGGCGAUGGAUCGCAGAGGUUGGCUCAUUUCUUUGCUGAAGGCCUGGAAGCACGCUUGGCAGGCACUGGGACAGAGAUUUAUACUGUCCUAGCUUCCAAGAAGGUGUCAGCUACUGCUAUGUUGAAAGCUUACGAACUUUUCCUUGCAGCCUGCCCAUACAAGAGGAUCUCUAUUUUCUUUGCGAACCAUAUGAUUUUGCGUUUAGCUGAGAAAGCAAAAGUGCUUCAUAUUAUAGAUUUUGGUAUCUUAUACGGCUUCCAAUGGCCCGGCCUCAUCCAACGUCUCUCAGCAAGACCUGGAGGGCCUCCCAAGCUUCGAAUUACAGGAAUAGAGCUUCCCCAACCGGGUUUCCGGCCAGCAGAAAGAGUUGAGGAGACAGGGCGUCGACUGGCAAGGUAUUGUGAACGAUUCAAUGUUCCAUUUGAGUACAAUGCCAUAGCAAAGAAGUGGGAAACUAUCCAAAUUGGGGAUCUCAAGGUUGACAGCAAUGAGGUAAUUGCUGUGAACAGCAUGUUCCGGUUUAAGAAUUUACUUGAUGAGACAAUUGUGGUGGACAGCCCAAGGAAUGCGGUUUUGGGCUUAAUCAGGAAAAUUAAUCCUCAUAUUUUCAUCCAUUCCAUCACUAAUGGUUCGUAUAAUGCACCAUUUUUUGUCACACGGUUCCGGGAAGCACUGUUUCACUUCUCUGCAGUGUUUGAUGCGUUGGGUAACAACAUAGCCAGUGAAAAUGAGCACAGGUUGAUGUAUGAGAAAGAAUUCCUGGGGCAGGAGGUGAUGAACGUCAUAGCAUGUGAGGGUUCUGAAAGGGUUGAGAGGCCUGAGACAUACAGGCAGUGGCAGGUUCGGAACCUGAAUGCUGGGUUCAGACAGCUCCCAUUAAAUCAGGAGCUCACAAAGAAAUUGAAGACCAAGGUUAAGUUGGGUUACCACAAGGAUUUUUUGGUGGAUGAAGAUGGGAAUUGGCUGCUGCAGGGUUGGAAGGGACGAGUUCUCUUCGCUUCCUCCUGUUGGAUACCCGCGUAGGAGGCCAGAAAUCAGUCUUCUGGAAGUGUAGUAGUGUUAGUUAAGCGUCCAGUAUGUGCAAGGGUGAUCUGCGGUACUGCCUUCUUUGGCGUUUUAGAUCUCUCUCCUACGCACAUUCGUGUGUACAUCCAUUUGGUCUUAUUGUAGCAUUUUUAAGUUAUAAGCUUGAUCCUAUUAGCGCCUUAAGUGUGCUGGGAGUUGACUGAAAUUUUGUAUGAUACGACUUUGUUGUAAUGCUUAGGAAGAGUUGGAGUUGGUCCUCUUUAGGACUACUCAUUUAAUGCUUCCAUGAAAAUCCGUUGGAAACUAAAAUAUUAACCAAUUUUUUUUUA